UGCAGGCGCGGUGUCAGGGCUGCUGCGGUCAAGCCUCCCAAGUCAACAGUGUUCCCUGCUCGGGACAGUCAUCUCUUCUUCUGUUCCCCUCCCAGCCCGGCUCCAACUGUUCCCUGCCACCAUUAUGAAUAUCCGCAAUGCCCGACCAGACGACCUGAUGAACAUGCAACACUGCAACCUCCUCUGCCUUCCUGAGAACUACCAGAUGAAAUACUAUUUCUACCAUGGCCUCUCCUGGCCUCAGCUCUCUUAUGUCGCCGAGGACGAGGACGGGAAGAUCGUGGGCUACGUCCUGGCGAAAAUGGAGGAGGACACAGAUGAUGUCCCCCAUGGACACAUCACGUCCCUGGCGGUGAAGCGCUCGCACCGGCGCCUCGGCCUGGCCCAGAAGCUGAUGGACCAGGCCUCCCGGGCCAUGAUCGAGAACUUCAGCGCCAGGUACGUGUCCCUGCACGUCAGGAAGAGUAACCGGGCCGCCUUGCACCUCUAUUCCAACACCCUCAACUUUCAGGUGAGUGAGGUGGAGCCCAAAUACUAUGCAGACGGAGAAGACGCCUAUGCCAUGAAGCGGGACCUCGCACACAUGGCAGAGCAGCUGAGGCGGCGGCGACGGCUGCUGGAGCCCAGGGAGAGGCGAGGCGAGCGGGUACCGGGGCCCAGGGAGACGCGGGACAUGCAGGGCAACUCGCUUUCCGCUUGUGCGGUGACCUGCCAGAAGACCCCCGCCCCCCACGACAGUGGUGGUGACAGCAAGGAACCCGGCGAGGACACGGAGAGCACCGACAUCCACAAUGGCUCAGAAGACUCCGCUUCCACCUCCUAGAAUCUGUCUCAGCAUUGCAGGUCCUUGUGUCUCAGCCACUUCUGCCCUCUGAGUCCUGGCUUAACUUGUCUGCCAUGCAAUAUCUCCUCUGAGGUUGUUGCACAGUGACACCAAUGUCUUCUUGCUCAACUUUUAUCAAAAACUUACAACAAAAAAACCCUGCUGUGAUCAUGAGUGAAUACCUGGACCACUACACAAAGAGUCGAAGAAAUACGAAGCUUGCCAUCACAGAAUUUCCUCUGGCCUACUUUCACCAUGCUAACACUCUUCUGUUUGUAGUAAACCUAGCAAGGUUGUCUCUCCAUAGAAUGCUGAACAGGAAUUGGUAUAUUCCUGAAGCUUCUCUGCUUUCAGUUGUAGUCAUUUUUACCUAGGUUUUCAUCGUUGAUAAGAGGGUAGUCAGGACCACAAAGUCAGACCUCGUCCCCUAUCCCCCUUAGUUUUCUGUAGAAGUGCUCUGUUUCCUCUUCCUUUUCCUGGGAUUUCUUUCCCCUCCCCGGUGGAAGAAAGUGUUGAAUAAGGGCUUCUACUGUAUAGUCAGAACUUAGAGAAAAGCACAACCAGAAACUAAGUUGUAAUUUUUUUAACUAUCUCAGUUUGGUUUUUGGUAAUGACAUAAUUUGUCAUUCACCUGAGCACCUAUAAUGUUUAUGUACAAUCAUAGGCCUCUUAAUAAUUUAAUCCUCUCAAUGAUGACAGGAGGUAGGUAUUAUCCCUGCUCUAAAAAUGAGAAAGCUGAAGCUCAAAUAAGUAACUAUCUAGAAUCUAAAUUUAAAUUUCAGGAUAUUUGAGUUCCAAAAUGAAAGUUUAUUUUGUUGUACUUUAUUUACAACAGUGUGAAAACUUUAGCCCCAAAGGACACUCUUCUGUUUAAAAAUACUGUGUUGGCAUAAUGCAUGGCAGCUGUGUGUCAUUUGUAAAAUAUUUAUAUAACCCAUCAUUAUAAUACUAUUGUACUUUUUUUCUCUACAGUUAAAAAAUAGGUAAAGGUAAAAUGCAUUGAACUCUACAGUAGAAGUUACCAGAUAAAUCCAGACUUAUCAUUACUGAAUGUUGUUUCUUUAGUCACUGAAUGUGAAUUGCCAUGGUAGAUAACAUUCCUCAUGUUGAAACGCUUAACUAGUCUAUAUGAAUGUAAGUCAAAGCUCUGACAUUACCUAUCCCAUGACAAGAGAGAAAUCUGUUCUCGGUAAUCCUAAUCAGCCCUGCUAAGCACUUCUUACAAAUCUAUCCCAAUGCACUCUAAGAAUGCCUACCUAAUAGUAAUGACUGCCUGAGGCAGAUAAGACUUUUACUCACACAGUAAGGAUUUUCCAUUUCCUGUGCCAGUAUAAGCCUCUCAUCUUUCCUCCCCCCCUUUUAAUGUUCUCUCUCAACUCUAAAACUGUUUUAUUCCUUCCCCUCAAGCAUGUGUUUAUCUCCUUAUUUUUAAACAUUACAGCUUUCUAACAUCUGUCUCUAGGGCAACAUAAUCUUACUGAUGAAAUAUUCCAUGUUUUCCUUGAGCCCUUGUCAAUAUGUCUUCAUGUUAACAGCUUAGCAGAUGGAGAAACAGAAGGAGUAGCCUCAGCUUACCUGAAUGAUUUCUCUCUAGCACCGUUACAUUACUAUCCCUGGUUACUUGAUAAUAGGAAUUGAAGUCAUUGGGAAAUAAGAAAAGAUAACUUACAUUCAGUGUUAUUUACUAAAACAGUUUGCUGUUUUGUUAUAUUCAUUUUCCCCAGUUUCAUAUCAAAGAAAUGCAGGUGUAGCAGCCUACCUUGUUUGAAAUAUUCUAUUUAGAUAAUGAUAAUAAAAUUAACACCAUUACUAAUAUUGCUUUGGGCAUAAAUUAGGAUAUUCCUAAGUACUUUCAAGGUGCUCGCAGCAAUGUCACAGAAGCAGUAGCUUUUCUGUAAUACUGAAUUUGUGUGGACUUAUGUAACUGCGUUGUUCCUGCAUAGGACAAACUUUUUUUUUUUUUCUGAAUGGUCUGUGUUGUACUUAAGCACACUUGUACAGAUGCUGAAACAAGGCUCUAUAACAGGGAUAUAGGGUAGCUAAUCAUGGCCCCUACUCCCUCCUUUACACAAACUACUGGGUAGAGUCAAGUCUGUCAUAAAAUGAUUAGGAGAUACUAAUCGUCACAAUGCAAAGCUUUCUUGACUGAAAGAAAACAAUUAAAUUUGUGAAUGAAACUUAUGAGUUCCCUAGUUGGAACCUGUGUAUUCUUUCCUUAGAGGUAGAACAAGGGGUAAAAAAUAUGAUCAUUUAAAAUAAAAACAAUAUAUGUAUAUAUGAGAGAAAUGCAGAGAAGUGCUGGAAAUUAAUACAACCCUUUGGAAAUUGGGAAAGGAUCAGGACUGUGAAAUAGUGAAAUUUUAUCUUUACAUAUAGAUGAGUCAUCUGGGGAGAUCAUGUUAAAGACUAGAGUUUGUUUCAGAGAGUCUGGGGUAUAGUCUGAGUAUAUGCAUUUAUAAUCUAGGAACCAUACUGCCUGGUAAGGAUCUUAAAGCUCAUCUCCAACCCAGGGACUGCAGUUUAAACAGCAGUGACAAGCCUUGAGGUCCAUUUCAGUAAGAACCUAAAUUCAGAACCCCCUCUUCAAUACAUGAACAAACUUUGUCUUUGGAAUUGUGGCACAUAAAGCCUACAGCUUAAUGAUUUCAAUAAAAAUUCCAGCUAUAUUUCAUCCAAAUGUAUA